UUGUGUUUCCUGACAGCUGCUGCAGGAAAGUCUCCACAUAGUUUGACACUUUGUCCACCUGCUUUUCUCCCACGUUCUCUGAGGGGAAGCUCAUUAUUAUCGGAUCCGCGUAUCGAGCUUCGGUCGAUUUGAACCAAAAACAAAGCGGCGACUUUCAGAGCAACUCCGUCGGAAUGAGUUUGAACGAGCACUCGUUACAGGCUCUGUCCUGGAGGAAACUCUACCUGAGCCGAGCCAAGCUGAAGGCCACCAGCCGGACUUCAGCGCUGCUCUCCGGCUUCGCUAUGGUUGCUAUGGUGGAGGUCCAGUUGGAACCGGAUCAUACGUAUCCUCCCGGGCUGCUCAUAGCCUUCAGUGCCUGCACCACGGUUCUGGUUGCGGUUCACCUCUUUGCCCUCAUGAUCAGCACCUGCAUCCUCCCUAACCUUGAGGCUGUCAGCAACGUUCACAACCUCAACUCAGUCCAUGAGUCUCCCCACGAGCGGAUGCACCACCACAUUGAACUGGCCUGGGCUUUCUCCACAGUCAUCGGUACCCUCCUCUUCCUGACGGAGGUGGUGCUCUUGUGCUGGGUGAAGUUCUUACCCCUCAAAAGCGAAACAGAAAAAAGAAACAACACCAUAAGUUCGGGCGAGGCCGCAGCCAUCGCCUCCACUUGCAUCAUGGUGCCGUUUGGAAUAGUCUUUAUUGUGUUUGCCGUCCACUUUUACCGCACACUUGUUAGUCACAAGACGGACAGACAGAUCCGAGAACUGGAGCAGGUCAUUCGGCUCCAGAACCAGCUCGACCACCGGGCUGACAAUGAAGACAUGAAGGCAGUUGUUAAUUUCCCUUGAUCACAGCCAGUCAGCAUACAGAAUUAUUCAGCAGUACUUUUUUAAUAAAUCUCCUCUUAUAGCUUUUGAUGAAUGGUGCUUUUUACUUCUUUGUCAGGCUUGACCUUUUUUUUCAGCGCUCAUGUAAAUGAUCUCCCCUGAAGAGGCUUGACCAGGGUCUUUCUGUGGGGAGUUUGCAUGGUCUCCUGUUCCUGCGUGACUUUUCUCUGGGUACUCUGGUUAUCUUCCACAGUCCAAAGACAUGCUGGUUACAUUAUUGGGUGAGUCCCAAUUGCCAGUAGACGUGAAUGUGUGUGUGAAUGGUUCUCUUAAUGAUCUGUGCUGUCCAGGAUGUACCCCGCUCUCACCCAGUGAUUCUUAAACGAUAAGCAGUCUAGCUAAUGAAGGGAUAUUCAGUUAUAUUAGAAUCACUGUGAUUGUAUUCAUUGAAUGGAAUGGUUGCUUGUAAGAACCUUUUAUUUGUCCCUAGUUAUCAGUUGUGUCAAGUGUUUGAUGAUUUUAUCUGGUUUUUCUAGUCUGUUGAAGAUCUGUAUGCAUAGGAAAAUUAGGGUUUGAAUAAAGACAUGGUUUAUGUCUUUGACAAAAAAAAGUAAUUGUGCAAUUUAAGGCAACAGGAACAUUGCUUAAAAACUAUGCUGGUCAGGGAUAUUCUUUGCAAGGUGUGUUAUUGCAGUGAGCAUAUUUUUAAAGCAACAGUUAAAGUAUGGAAUCAGUAAAUAUUAAAGGCUUUGCUUUUUGCAAUUCUAUCAUGCUCUUAUCCAAAAAAUAGUUAUUGGUAUUAAAACGCUUUUGUUACAAGUGUAAACAAAGAAUAUGCAUGUUGGAAAUGUUGGUUACAAAUAGGUAUGUUUUGUACUUUUCAUAGUUUACAGGCUUGAGAAUGUUCACACAUUGCUAAGGUUAUAAGUGUGGAAUCUACAGUUUGUUCUUUUUGUCCUGUGGCACAUUGUUGAAUUGUUUGAAGGCAAAUUAAAGAAUGUGCACUUGUUUUUGUUAUGUUUUUAUGCUGUAUGUCAUUUCCCUAAAUAUUACCAAUUAGUAAAAUCUCUCUCUACAACAUGAGUUGUAAAUACUUAAGAAUGGCAAAGAAUCUUUAUUGUGGCUUUUUUGUCAAGAAACAGCACAAUUUUGUAAUGUUGGACUCUCAACCAGAUUCUGUAUUUAUACCAAGGCAAUGAUGUGGUUGUUUUUGCAAUAUCGGUUUUUCACAGUCAUGGUGAUGGUAAAGCUGCUGAAAAUGAAAGAAGCUCCCAGAAUGACAACACAAUAGUACUGUGUUUUCAUGUAAGGAGUCAUAAAGGGGUAGUAACUUACUAGGUAGUUAGUAAAACUAAAGUUUAAAGUAUCACACUGUGCCAAAUCAUUGUUGAUGGUGUUUCUUUAAGACUUUUCUUUUGUUACAAAGAAUUAAAGAAAGUGCUGCAGUCACUCUGGAGCACUUCUGAUAAGAAUAUUCUACAUGUGGCUUCUUUACAAAUAGAUCAAUGCAAACAAAAGCAUGUUUCUCUGUUUGUGGCUUAUUUAUUUAAUCCAGUGUUUGUUACUGUAUAUAAAAAGUUUGAUACUUUCUGAAUGCACGGCUUUAAGUGAAUUAUCUGCAUAUACUGAAUUUUUAAGUUUUAGCAGCUGAAGAAGCUUCAGCGUUUUGACCUGGUUCGAUUUUCCAUGACUUUUGUUUUCAGUUUGAAUAAAACACAAAAUUUGAAAUGA